UUACUGUGACGUCAUUACAUAAGAUGUCUGUCUUUGUGUUUUGAUGGCAAUCUACAUGUACAGCGGCUUGUAAGGCAAUUUAGCGCGAAAUUCGUCAAAAUUUGUCAGAAGCUCUGAUCUGCCUACCACUUAUGAGCGAUGGCGAAUCCAGCGAACGUUUUCCGGGUUGGAGAUUACGUUUAUGUUGAGACCAAUCCAUCUUUGCCGUAUCAAAUACGAAGAAUCGAAGAAUUGACAAAGACCAGCAAUGGCCAGGUUGAGGCGAAAGUCCAGUGCUUUUACAGAAAAAGAGAUUUAUCGUCGACUUUGGGUAUCCAGGCAGAGAAACAUUUAUUGCAAGCGGAGGAAGACGCUGAAGUAGAAAUGGGUGACAUUGAACUUGAAGAUGUAUCACGACACCAACUGAGUCACAGAGAGGUCUUCCUCUCUCGGCAGUAUGAAAACAUUAAUGCUAAUACUAUUAGGGGAAAAUGUCUGGUCACACUGUACAAUGAAGCAGAGGUGCUCCCUAAAUACCUUGAGAAAGAGGACUGGUUUUGCUACUUUCUGGUGUACGACCCUCAGCAAAAGUCCCUGGUGGCAGACCGAGGAGAGAUGGGCAUUGGACCUAACUACCAAUGCCUUGUUCCCAAGAAAUGUAUUGAUCCUUCUACAGAUGACAGAGACCUUUCUCAGAUGGAGACUCUUGUUUGGAAACCAGAUAAUUCUCUUUCAGACCGCCAAGUGGACCAGUUCUUGGUUGUUGCCAGAUCUGUUGGUACAUUUGCCAGAGCACUGGACUGCAGCAGCUCAGUUAAGCAGCCAAGUCUGCACAUGAGCGCUGCUGCUGCAUCAAGAGAUGUGACCUUGUUCCAUGCUAUGACCACCCUGCAUAACAGUAUGUAUCAAGUGGGCAAGGCCUUGUCUCAGCUUGUGCCGUCUGGAGGACCUGUCCUAUGCCGGGAUGAGAUGGAAGACUGGUCGGCAGGUGAAGCAAACCUGUUUGAGGAAGCUCUUCAAAAGUAUGGCAAAGACUUCAACGACAUUCAAAAAGACUUUCUCCCAUGGAAGAGUUUCUCUAGUAUUGUUGAGUACUACUACAUGUGGAAAACCACAGAUAGAUACCUACAACAGAAACGCCAAAAGGCUGUUUCCAAAGAAUGCAACCUGACACAAAUAUACAUCCCAGGAUUGGCCCCAAGUAACCCUGCACAGCCCGGCAAGAAACAGACUUCCACAAUUAUCCUCACGCCUCCCCCAGGCGUGACCAGUAACCUGGUGGGGGCUACCUGUGAAGGCUGCUAUGGUUGUACCUCUCAGCAGUGGUACCCGUGGAGCCCUUCCAACUCACAGCACAAGUUCUGGCUUUGUACUUUGUGCUGGAUUUACUGGAAGAAGUAUGGUGGCCUGAAAAAGCCAGAUGGGUUCUCUGGGCGUGGUCAGGCGGGAUUGGAGCCCAGGUACACAUGUAGGGUGUGUGGCAAGGUGUUCAACAGAGCAGAGCGCUUAUCAAGUCACAUGCAAACACACAAGAUGUACAAGUGUGUUGUUCGGGGCUGUGAAAAGUUAUUCAACACCAAGGCACACCUGUCCCGUCACCUGACUUGUAACCAUGGUUACAGGCCUCCAAGCCCACGCAAGCUUAAGCCACGCUCACCGUUCUACAUGUGCUCCACCCAUCUGACUCGGGUAUCGCGGCGAUUGUGUGGUGACUUGAUCGAUGUUCGACACUGGGCACGUGCCCCUGGGGCGAAUCUCAACCUUGCAGAGAUCAAGGCACAAUGCAUAAAGAGAGUCACUGAUCCCAAAUGCACUGCAAUUCUCAAGGCUGAACGCAAGAUGAAGCACAGAGUUCUUGAAAAAGCAGUGGAACAAAUCAAAGCAAACCCACGCAAACCCAAGCCAGCCAAACCUACCCUCCUACCCCUCCCUGGGAUCAACAGCCAUCAGGAUAACACUUCCCCACCUCCCACCUCCCCUGCCCACCACGUGACCUCCCCUGCUAGGAAAAUGAUGCCGCCGCAUAAGAUGACUAUCCCACCCAUCACGCCCAAGGCGAGUGACUGGAAAUACGCCGCCAUCCCUCCCACCAAGGCAGUGGCUGCUAAUACCAACCACAUGCUGGCCAGGAAGAGGAGCUACUCUGAUACCAGCACACUUCAGCAGAACGGCAUUGAUGGGCCUGCACCCAAGCGGCUUAGUGCAACAUCUCCUCUGGGGAAAAAGGGCUGUGAGUGCACAUACUGCGGCAAGAUUCUUCAUAACCAAGCGAGCCUGACGCACCAUGAGCAGACCGUGCACGCCACAGCCACCGAGGCGCCUAAGCAGCGCAGCUACCCCGCCUACUGUGACGUCAGCCCGGCCAUAGGGCCUGGGUCUAACAAGAUCAUGCCGUACGCGCAUCACUCAGUGACGUCGUACAACAACGGUCAGGCCCAGGGCCGCGCGGCCAGCGGGCAAAACCACGCGGACAAGGGCAAGCCCUUCUUGCUCCCCAAGCAAGCCGCGCAAGGCAAGGGCGGCCCAGUCAUGAACGCCAGCAGUAAGCCUGUUCAGCGGCCAGCCAACGUGAACAGGCGCAGUCAUUACCAGGGCAACGGCACGCCACACACGCAUCGGGACAAGAACAACCCUCAGUAUAUCGACCCCCCUGAGGAGUUCCUCUACACUGCUAGCCGAAAAACAAGGAAAUCGAGGAAGACUCUAGUGGCAGACGCCGUGAGAAAAGUCGCACGCAAGCCGUGGAAGCUCGUCCAGUGCAACCCCAAGCUACGGGAACUGAUUAUUGACGCCAAGCCUAUCGUGAACAACCAAGACGCCACCGCCAACGAGAUAAAAAAGGACGCAGUCAGCAACGAGAUCAAAAAAGAACCAGUCGCGCCUACCAACCAGGAGUCCUCGCCUAUAGUUAUCGACGAUGAUUAAAAGGGACAAGUGAAUAUCGCCAAAUUGCGACCUGAGGAGAUUAUGACCAGAUAGCGACCCGAGGGGAAUAACGCCAGAUAGCGACCUGAGGGGAAUAUCAUCAGAUAGCAACCCUAGGGGAUAUCAUCAAAUAGCGUCCAGAGGGGAAUUCGUCAGUUAAUGACCUGGUCGGAUUAUGCGGCUUUUAGCUGUCUGGUGUGAUUGAUGUACACGAAAAUGGGCGGUUAAUUUGUGUUCUGUCUCGAGAACUGGAGAAAUCUCUAUUGAUACUUUAGGUGUUUUGGACUGUUGUGCUGCGUGAGGGAACUUGUGCGAUAUCUGCCUAAACGGUAGGGAGUAGGGAACUAUUGCAAAGGCUUCAAGGCGUGCUAAAAUUGUGCGCGAGCUGUGUUGCAAAAUGAGGAGCCUUUCAAAUAAGGCUUCCUAGUGUGGCUCCGGGACUAAUUGUGUCGGGUUCGAAUAAACGGUUCAACUCGGUCCAUACUGGCGCCACGCCGUACUAUUCGUCAGACUGGUGAAUGACAUGCUAAGGUACUGCAUUCUCGAGGUCUCGUGGAAGAACAGAUAACUAUAAUUGAGCAAGUCCUGGACGAGAUCAUGCGCACAUUAUACACUUCGUAGAUUUAGCAUAUUUCGCAUUAAGCCCCUCCGUUUUUUUCACCACAGGUAGCCCGUACUAUAAAGACGACAGUCCCAUCAUUGUGCGGGCUUCCAUGUGGUGACGCCUUCCACUUCAAUGAAGAAAGCAUUUUCGAGGUGUUGUAAAUAUCACGCUUGGUUAGACUAGCUCUUGUCGACGGAUUUGAUAUUUUUCUUUGACAUUAAUAUUAUCUUUUGACUUUAAAUUAAUAGAAUUCCAUGUAAAGAUAUCUUUCUAUAGCCUGUCAGGUGUAGUACAGUGUUGAUAUUAUGAUGAUGUAUGUUGUUUA